AAUAACAAGACGUUGCCGUUUUAAUUUUGGCGAGAUAGAGAUCCUAAUAAACCCUAAUUCGGUAGCGAUAAUAAAGACCCAUAAGCUGCAGCUGUGCGUCCUCUUAUUCCUUUCCAUAGAGCAGCAGCAGCAGCAGCCACUAAUCAGAUCCAAUGGCACCAAAGAAGGAUAAGGCACCACCACCAUCAUCAAAGCCGGCAAAAUCAGGAGGAGGGAAACAGAAGAAGAAGAAGUGGAGCAAAGGAAAGCAGAAGGAGAAGGUUAACAAUAUGGUUUUGUUUGAUCAAGCUACUUAUGAUAAGCUUCUCUCUGAAGCUCCUAAGUAUAAGCUUAUCACUCCCUCUAUUCUCUCUGAUCGUUUAAGGGUCAAUGGAUCACUUGCAAGGAGGGCAAUAAGAGAAUUGAUGGCAAGAGGUUUGAUCAGGAUGGUAUCUGCACAUGCCAGCCAGCAGAUCUACACUAGGGCCACAAACACCUAGAUGUCUUUCUAUACAUGUUUGUUUAGUUUAAGCUAGCCUUUUUUUGCUGAGUUCAACUGCUACUUUUUGUUUCAAGAGAUUGUCUAAAUUACAAUUUUAGACUCUUUAACUUUUGUGUUUGAUGAAGAUUUUUCAUAUUUACUGAGAUGUUGGAUUGGUCUUUUUUAUGUCA